AUACUUUAUGACUCGAUGGUAGAACAUGGCGAAGAUCUUCUACUUCAACAGUUGUUCAAAAAAUUCCCACUAUCAUUUUUUCACGGAAGAAUCGAUGACAAUUAUAAAAUUGCUGAUAAACGAUUGCUGGAACCUAUGGGAAGUGAUGAUAAAUGCAGAAGUUACAUACUAUUUUUGGCAGAUGUGAUGCGCAGCAGCAGCGUUAUUGGACCACAAACACAUGCAAAGGUAAUAGUAGUUGCAAGAUCUUCACAGUGGCGUGUACAAGAGUUUUUAACCCAUUCAGCAUCCAGACAUUUUGUAAAUCUAUUAGUAAUCGGUCAGUCCUUGAGAGAAGGAGAUAACACAGUGGAAUUGCCUUUCGUUCUAUACACACACCGUUUAUAUAUGGAUGGUCUUGGUUCAAGUGCUCCAAAAGUUCUCACCAGCUGGGUUCAGGGAAGAUUAACAAGACCCCGUGUGAAUCUGUUUCCAAAAAAAAUUACCGAAGGAUUUGCUGGCCACAGAUUUACAGUCAGUGUCGCCGAUCAGCCACCAUAUAUUUUUAAAAAGCUUUCGCUUGACAUAAAUGGGCAAUAUUCUGUAGCCUGGGAUGGAAUUGAAUAUCGUAUGUUAAAUAUGUUUGGCAAAUUGUUGAAUUUUAGUAUAGAAUACAGAGAACCGGGUGAUAUGAGAUUGGGCCCAGGAGAUUCAGUGAAAAAUGAAUUAGCUGCUGGUAGGGCAGAUAUUGGGGUAGCCGGAAUGUAUGUGACUGAAGAAAGGUUAACCAAAUUAGAAAUGUCAUCAAUGCAUGCUCAAGAUUGUGCUGUUUUUAUUACACUCCAAUCAACGGCAUUACCCAGAUAUCGCGCUAUAAUGGGCCCUUUCCACUGGUCGGUAUGGAUUUGUUUAGUAUUCACUUACUUACUAGGUAUAUUUCCUCUGGCAUAUUCUGACAGGCACACUUUUAAGCAUCUUCUAGAAAAUUCUGGUGAAAUCGAAAAUAUGUUCUGGUACGUAUUUGGUACCUUCACCAAUGCGUUCAGCUUUAGUGGUGAAAAUAGUUGGAGCAAAGCUGAAAAGAUUACUACCAAGAUUCUCAUAGCAUCAUAUUGGCUAUUUACUAUUAUUGUAACCGCUUGUUACACAGGUUCUAUAAUUGCAUUUGUUACAUUACCAGUUUUUCCUGAAACUAUUAAUACUAUCAGAGAAUUGAUUUCUGGUUUCUUUCGAGUUGGUAUUUUAGAUAAAGGUGGUUGGCAACAUUGGUUUGAAAAUUCAACUGACGAAGCCGUCGCAAAACUUUGGAAAAAUAUUGAAUUUCUUCCAGAUGUGCAAUCGGGACUUCAUAAUACUACACACGCUUUCUUUUGGCCUUAUGCAUUUUUUGGUUCGAAGGCCCAACUUGAAUAUAUAGUGCAGGCCAACUAUAGUGUAGAUAAAAAAAAUAAACGAUCAGUUUUACAUAUUUCCGACAAAUGUUUUGUACCUUUCGGUGUUGCUAUUGGUUUUCCGAAGCACGCCAUCCACGCAUCGAGAAUUGAUACUCUCAUUCAGCACGCCUGGCAAGGCGGCCUUCUCACUAAGUUGACCAACCAAGUCAAAUGGGAUGUGCAGAGGUCUAGUACGGGAAAACUUCUCAUGGCAUCCUUUGGUAAAGCAUUACGAUCAUCAGCACCUGAUGAAAGAGGUUUAACGUUGGCUGAUACAGAAGGUAUGUUCUUAUUGCUAGGAGCUGGUUUCAUUGCUGCAGGAGCUGCUCUAAUAUCGGAAUGGAUGGGUGGAUGUAGCAGAAAAUGCCGCUCUAUUAUCCGCAAAAAGAAACAAGAUGAAGCUGACGAAUUAGAAAGACAACAGCAUUUGGAAGUUUCUGAUGCAACUUCUUUGAGUACAGAUGAUGGAACAACUGCAAAGAGCAAAAAUGACCGCAAAAAGUCUUCUCAAACUUACAGAGUUGAUACACCUUGUCCAGAGUUGAGAUUACACGGAUCAAAUUCAAAUCUAUCGCUGAAUAAAAGUGUUUUGCGUCGUGCUUCUGUAGAAGUCCAUGAACAUAGUUCAUCUAACCAUCUUGAUUGCCUUUCAACAGAUGGAAAGAUUCUGCACAAAAUUGAAAAUGGGAAAUGUAAUGGACUGAAUGGCAACAAUGAUAAUGCUGAGUUAAAUGAUGUUCAACAUGGCGAUCCUGUAACUAACGAAAAUCUAAUCUACUUCGAAAAUUCAGAGUUAAGUGAUUUGCAGUUUGAAGGCCCUAUGACAUUCGAGAAACAUAUAAAGCACUUGGAGACAAAUAAAGAGGAUAAAAAAAUUAAUAAGGAGUAUACAGAAAUGAAUCAUUUGAAAUUUGAAGGCCCUAUGACCUUUGAAGAACACAUGAAGCACUUAGAAACCGAUAAAGAGAAUGCAGAAAUAAAUUAUUUGAAAUUCGAAGGUCCUAUGACCUUUGAAGAACACAUAAAGCACUUGGAAACCAAUAAAGAGAAUGCAGAAAUAAACCAUUUGAAAUUUGAAGGUCCUAUGACCCUUGAAGAACAUAUGAAGCACUUGGAAACCAAUAAAGAGAAUACAGCAAUAAAUCAUUUGAAAUUUGAAGGUCCUAUGACUCUUGAAGAACAUAUAAAGAACUUAAAAGCGAAUGAAGAUAAUACAGGAAUAAAUCAUUUAAAAUUUGAAGGUCCAAUGACCUUUGAAGAACAUAUAAAGCACUUGGAAUCCAAUAAGAAGAAUACAGAAAUAAAUAAUUUGAAAUUUGAAGGUCCCAUAACUUACGAAGAGUAUAUAUUGGAAACAAAUGAAGAAAAUUCAGAAAUAAAUAAUUCGAAAUUAAACUUGAUGAAUAAUUGUGUCGAUCCGAUAAUGGAUUGUGAAUGUACUACUAAUAUGAGCAGAGAAGAGCUGCUGGAAAAUAAAUUAUUUGGAGAAAAGGUUAAUUGA